AUGCGCUGGUGGACAUCAGCUAACUUUAUCGACACACCCGACGUCUAUUCCAGCUGGGCACCGGGCAAUCGGGGCGGCGAAUCGGAAACCGUCAUCGGCGAAUGGCUCAAGAAGAGCGGCAAGCGCGACCAGGUGAUCAUCGCCACCAAGGUGGGCAAACCGAUGGGCGAAGGCGGUGGAGGAUUCGCUGCGCCGCCUGCAACCGAUUAUAUCGAUCUUUACCAAUCGCACGACGAUGACCGCGAUACGCCGUUGGAAGAGACGCUGGCGGCGUUCGAUGCGCUGAUCAAGGCCGGCAAGGUGAGGGCGAUUGGCGCCUCCAACUAUCAGGCGGAUCGCCUGGAAGAAGCGCUGCGGGUGAGCGAAAGCAACGGAUUGGCGCGCUACGAAACCCUGCAGCCGGAAUACAAUCUGUAUGCGCGCGAAGGGUAUGAAGCCGAGCUGGAAGGCGUGGCGCAGCGCCAUGGUCUCGGGGUGAUCAACUUCUUCGCGCUGGCCAGCGGUUUCCUGACCGGCAAAUACCGCAGCAAAGCGGAUGAGGGCAAAAGCCAGCGCGGUGAUCGCAUCGUCGAACGCUACCUUAACCCGCGCGGCUUCCGCAUUCUGGCGGCGCUGGAUCAGGUGGCCGGCAAGCACGGCACCUCCCCGGCGCAGGUCUCGCUGGCCUGGCUGAUUGCGCGCCCGAGCAUCACCGCACCGAUCGUCAGCGCCACCUCGUUGCCGCAGCUGGAUGAGUUGGUCAGCGCCACGCGCCUGACGCUGGAUGAGGACGACAUCCAGGCGCUGAACCACGCCAGCGCCGGGUAA